UCUCCCCGGCUGUAAAUAACAGCUGGUAAUUUAUUGCUUUUCUAAAUAAUUGCAUUGCAUUGCGCACAAAUCGAAUCACAGAAUCACAGAAUCACAGAAAUCAAGAGCUACCAUGACGGAUGAGACACAAAUUCCAGAACAAAUAUUAAAUAAUAAAAAUAAACACAGUGUACGAUGUAAUUAUUGUUAUUCAUUAAUACUGAAACCACAAUUUGGAGAGUAUGUUGAGCAUGAGUUCGAAAUGCCGCUGAUGCAGCAAAAACAUCGGAAAGACACUGAAAUUAUUGAAACGGAGGUACUCAAAAACUUCUGGUGUAUUGAUGAUAUAUUCACCUUCGAGAAUAUUGGCUUCUCCAAUACUGUGGACAACCGUAAAUUCUUGAUAUGUGCCGACUGUGAGAUGGGACCGGUGGGUUAUCACGAAAUAGCAAAUAAAAAAUGUUAUAUAGCAUUGAAACGUGUUAGACAUGGCAGUGAACCAGACGCCGUAAUGGAGCCAGUAACCGAUGAGGAAGAGAAUGAUGUAUAGAAAAACGAAUGUGCAUAUGUACGUACGACCGUACAUGUGUUUAUAGAUGUAACAUAAAUAUUUGCCAUUUGGGGAGCAACCAAAGACAGUGUAUGUAUAAAAAUUAUAAACAUACCUGUGCUGCUACCAUUGAUUUUAUUCCAUAUUUUUAUGUAGCAUUUUGUUUAAAUAGCAAAAAGUAAAAACAAUUCUGUAUAAAAUGAAUAAUUUCGUAUGUACAUUAAAAAGAAUAAGUAUUUAUAUAAUUUUGUAUGUACUAAAAAUUGUAACAAUUAAAUUUUACGCAUGAAUCCACAAAAAUAAAAAAGAGAAAUUACUAUAAAUUAAAUGAAAAAGUGUUUAUACUAAGGAUUCGUAGGUGGAAAAGGCCUAAAACUUGCUCGGGCAGCGGAAAAGUUUUCAGCUACCUACUAUAGUUAAAUUUAAAUUGUAUGUAUAUAAAUUGGUUGACGAAUAUGCCAAAGAUUUAAAAAUCUGUUACCCAAACGUCUGAAAUUUAUAAUUUGAAUUAUCUUUCAUAUGAAAUUAUACGAUUUUUUGUAUAGCGAUAUUAACAGUUUUCGCACAUAAAGUUUUUUUAACUAUGUAUGUCCGAUUUAUUCCUAUUUAAUUCACACACAGGAGAGUGCACGAAGCCCAUCCUGUGAAAACGAAGUUUUGUUCCAUAAAAGUAUUGCACCCCAGUUCUUAAAUUGUUUAUUAGUAAUAUACAAUUUCAAUAGUUUUAUUUUAAUUGUUAUUUAAUUUAGUUUAUAUAACUUAAAUAAAUUAAAAACAAUUGAGUAAAAAUAAACACAUAAAGAAAAUGCUA